AUGUAGGGCAGCUGGAUGUGCCAAGCUCUGCCUCCGGGAUGUAUAAAAAGGGGAGUUCAGGAAGAGCGCCAAUGAAGGUCAGGACAGGCGUACACACAGAAACUUACUGAAGAGAAUCUGUCAUAGAGGAGGGGAGAGGAAACAGCUUUCAGGAUGUCAGGCGAAUCCAUCAUGGCGGAGUUUGGGUCCGCGGCUCCCUUCCUGAGGAAAUCAGAGAGGGAGCGCCUGGAGGCCCAGACCCGGCCCUUUGACAUGAAGAGGGCUUGCUUCGUACCCGACCCCGAGGUGGAGUACGUCAAAGCCAUCAUCACCAGCAGAGAUGGUGACAAAGUCACCGUCGACACCGAGGAGGGAAAGACGGUCACUGUUAAAGAGGCUGAUGUUCACCCCCAAAACCCGCCAAAGUUUGAUAAAAUCGAAGACAUGGCAAUGUUCACCUUCCUCCAUGAGCCUGCCGUGCUGUUCAACCUCAAAGAGCGUUAUGCAGCAUGGAUGAUCUACACCUAUUCAGGGCUGUUCUGUGUGACUGUCAACCCCUACAAGUGGCUGCCAGUCUACGACAAGAUGGUAGUCGCCGCUUACAGAGGGAAGAAGAGGAGUGAAGCUCCUCCUCACAUCUACUCCAUCUCCGACAAUGCUUACCAGUACAUGCUGUCUGACCGAGAAAAUCAGUCAAUCCUCAUCACCGGAGAAUCAGGUGCAGGAAAGACUGUAAACACCAAGAGAGUCAUCCAGUACUUUGCCAGCAUUGCAGCUGCUUCUGGCAAGAAGGAUCCCAGUCAGGAGAAAAAAGGUACUCUGGAAGAUCAAAUCAUCCAGGCUAACCCUGCUCUGGAGGCUUUUGGGAACGCCAAAACCAUCAGAAAUGACAACUCUUCCAGAUUUGGUAAAUUCAUCCGAAUCCACUUUGGCGUGAGUGGGAAGUUGUCCUCUGCUGAUAUUGAGACGUAUCUGCUGGAGAAAUCUCGUGUGACCUAUCAGCUGAAGGCUGAGAGGGAUUACCACAUCUUCUACCAGAUUCUGUCCCAGCAGAAGCCAGAACUGCUGGAAAUGCUGCUGAUCACCAACAACCCCUACGACUAUGCCUACAUCUCCCAAGGAGAGACAACCGUUGCCUCCAUCAAUGAUUCAGAAGAGCUUAUGGCAACUGAUGAAGCUUUUGACGUUCUGGGGUUCACCCAAGAGGAGAAGAACGGCAUCUAUAAGCUAACUGGGGCCAUCAUGCAUUACGGAAACAUGAAGUACAAACAGAAGCAAAGGGAGGAGCAAGCAGAGCCUGAUGGCACAGAGGAUGUCGACAAAGCGGCAUAUCUCAUGGGCCUGAACUCGGCUGACCUCAUCAAGGGGCUGUGCCACCCCAGAGUGAAAGUAGGCAAUGAGUGGGUGACCAAAGGUCAAAGUGUGCAGCAGGUAUACUACUCUAUUGGUGCUCUGGCUAAGUCAGUGUACGAGAAGAUGUUCUUGUGGAUGGUGGUGAGAAUCAACCAAUCCCUGGAUACCAAACAACCACGCCAGUACUUCAUCGGCGUGUUGGACAUCGCUGGAUUUGAGAUCUUUGACUUCAACACCUUUGAGCAGCUGUGCAUCAACUACACUAAUGAGAAGCUCCAGCAGUUCUUCAACCACCACAUGUUUGUGUUAGAACAAGAGGAAUACAAGAAGGAGGGAAUCGUGUGGGAGUUCAUUGACUUUGGCAUGGACUUGGCUGCCUGCAUUGAACUUAUUGAAAAGCCCAUGGGCAUCAUGUCCAUCCUCGAAGAGGAGUGCAUGUUCCCAAAAGCCAGCGAUGCGACAUUCAAAGCUAAACUUUAUGACAACCAUCUGGGUAAAAGUCCCAACUUCCAAAAACCCAGGGUUGUCAAAGGGAAAGCAGAAGCUCAUUUCUCCCUGGUCCACUAUGCCGGUACUGUUGAUUACAACAUCACUAACUGGCUUGAGAAGAACAAAGAUCCUCUGAAUGAGACAGUGGUUGGACUCUAUCAGAAGUCCACCCUGAAGCUGUUGUCCAUGCUGUUUGUUGGCUAUGCAGGAGCAGACGCAGCCCAGGAUGCAGGAGGCAAAGGAAAAGGAGGGAAGAAGAAGGGUUCUUCCUUUCAAACAGUGUCUGCUCUGCACAGGGAAAAUCUCAACAAACUGAUGACAAAUCUAAGAUCUACUCAUCCUCAUUUUGUGCGGUGCAUCAUCCCCAAUGAGACCAAGACUCCUGGCGCGAUGGAGAACCCUCUGGUCAUGCACCAGCUCCGCUGUAACGGGGUGCUGGAAGGCAUCAGGAUCUGCAGGAAGGGAUUCCCCAACAGGAUCCAGUAUGGAGACUUCAAGCAAAGCGCAUCUUGAACCCCAGCUCCAUCCCUGAUGGUCAGUUCAUGGACAACAAAAAAGCUGCAGAGAAACUUCUGGGCUCUUUGGACAUUGAUCACGAGCAGUACCGUCUUGGACACACAAAGGUGUUCUUCAAAGCUGGCCUGCUUGGUGUUCUUGAGGAAAUGAGAGACGAUCGUCUGGCUCUCAUCAUCACUGGAAUUCAAGCCAGAUCCAGAGGCCUUCUUGCCAGGAUUGAGUUCCAGAAAAUUGUCGAGAGAAGGGAUGCCUUACUGGUGAUCCAGUGGAACAUUCGUGCCUUCAUGGGAGUCAAAAAUUGGCCCUGGAUGAAGAUGUACUUCAAGAUCAAGCCUCUGCUGAAAUCAGCCGAAACUGAGAAGGAGAUGGCAAACAUGAAAGAGGAGUUUACAAAGCUCAAAGAAGCAUUUGCAAAAUCUGAAGCCCGCAAGAAAGAGCUGGAGGAAAAAAUGGUUACCCUUCUCCAAGAGAAGAAUGACCUACAGAUCCAAGUCCAAUCUGAGCAAGACAAUCUUGCUGAUGCCGAGGAACGCUGUGAAGGUCUUAUCAAAAGCAAGAUCCAGCUGGAGGCCAAAGUCAAAGAGCUGACAGAGAGAGUGGAAGAUGAGGAGGAGAUGAAUGCAGAGUUGACUGCAAAGAAGAGAAAGCUGGAAGAUGAGUGCUCAGAGCUCAAGAAGGACAUUGAUGAUCUGGAGCUCACUCUGGCUAAAGUGGAGAAGGAAAAGCACGCUACUGAGAAUAAGGUUAAAAACCUGACUGAAGAGAUGGCAGCUUUGGAUGAAAUCAUCGCCAAGCUAACCAAAGAGAAGAAAGCUCUUCAGGAGGCCCACCAGCAGACACUGGAUGACCUUCAGAGUGAGGAGGACAAAGUCAACACUCUCACCAAGGCUAAAGUCAAGCUGGAACAGCAAGUUGAUGAUCUUGAAGGAUCAUUGGAGCAGGAGAAAAAGGUGAGAAUGGAUCUGGAAAGAGCCAAGAGAAAACUGGAGGGGGACUUGAAACUGACCCAAGAGAAUGUAAUGGAUCUGGAGAAUGACAAGCAGCAGCUGGAGGAGAAACUUAAAAAGAAAGACUUUGAAAUAAGUCAGCAGCUCAGUAAAAUUGAGGAUGAACAGGCAAUGGCUGCUCAACUCCAGAAGAAACUCAAAGAGUUACAGGCCCGCAUUGAAGAGCUGGAAGAAGAGCUGGAGGCAGAACGAGCUGCUCGGGCCAAAGUGGAGAAGCAAAGGGCUGACUUGGCCAGAGAACUGGAGGAGAUCAGCGAGAGACUGGAGGAGGCUGGAGGAGCCACGGCUGCCCAGAUUGAGAUGAACAAGAAGAGGGAGGCAGAGUUCCAGAAGAUGCGCAGAGACCUCGAAGAGGCGACUCUGCAGCAUGAAGCCACGGCCGCUACCCUGAGAAAGAAGAACGCAGACAGCGUUGCUGACCUGGGCGAGCAGAUCGAUAACCUGCAGAGGGUCAAACAGAAGCUGGAGAAGGAGAAGAGUGAACUCAAACUGGAGCUGGACGAUGUGGUUUCCAACAUGGAGCAGGUCGCCAAAGCCAAAACCAACUUGGAGAAAAUGUGCCGCACUCUGGAGGAUCAACUGUCUGAAUAUCGCUCUAAGUCUGACGAGGCCCAGCGUGCAAUCAAUGACUUCACCAUGCAAAAGGCAAAGCUUCAAACUGAAAAUGGUGAGCUUCUCAGGCAGCUGGAGGAAAAGGACUCACUGGUGUCCCAAUUGACCAGAGGAAAGCUGUCCUACACACAGCAGGUUGAAGAUCUCAAGAGACAGUUAGAGGAAGAAGUGAAGGCCAAGAAUGCACUUGCUCAUGCAGUGCAGUCUUCCCGCCACGACUGUGAUCUGUUGAGGGAGCAGUUUGAGGAGGAGCAGGAGGCCAAAGCCGAGCUCCAGCGUAGCAUGUCCAAGGCCAACUCCGAGGUGGCUCAGUGGAGGACCAAGUAUGAAACUGAUGCCAUCCAGAGGACAGAGGAGCUGGAAGAAGCAAAAAAAAAGUUAGCUCAGCGCUUGCAGGAUGCUGAGGAAGCAGUUGAAGCUGCAAAUGCCAAAUGCUCCUCCCUGGAGAAAACCAAACACAGGCUUCAGGGGGAGAUUGAGGAUCUGAUGGUGGAUGUGGAGAGGUCUAAUGCUGCUGCUGCAGCCCUGGACAAAAAACAAAGGAACUUUGACAAGGUCCUUGCUGAGUGGAAGCAGAAGUACGAAGAGUCCCAGACUGAGCUGGAGGCUGCCCAGAAAGAGGCUCGAUCUCUCAGCACUGAGCUUUUUAAGCUGAAAAACUCUUACGAGGAGUCCCUGGAUCAUCUGGAAACCAUGAAGCGGGAAAACAAGAACCUGCAGGAGGAAAUUUCUGACCUCACCGAGCAACUUGGCGAGGGAGGAAAAAGCAUCCACGAGCUGGAGAAAAUCCGUAAGCAACUGGAGCAGGAAAAGGCUGAAAUUCAAACCGCUCUGGAGGAAGCAGAGGGUUCCCUUGAGCACGAGGAGAGCAAGAUCCUACGAGCUCAGCUGGAGUUUAACCAGGUGAAGGCAGACAUUGAGCGGAAGAUGGCGGAGAAAGACGAGGAGAUGGAUCAGGCCAAGCGCAACCAUCAGAGAGUGGUGGACACUCUGCAGAGCUCCCUGGAGGCGGAGACCCGCAGCAGGAACGAAGCUCUCAGACUGAAGAAGAAGAUGGAGGGAGACCUCAACGAGAUGGAGAUCCAGCUGAGCCAGGCCAACCGGCAGGCAGCAGAGGCCCAGAAGCAGCUCAAAGGAGUCCACGCCCACCUCAAGGACUCUCAGCUGCAGCUGGACGACGCUCUUCGAGGAAAUGAUGAUCUGAAAGAAAACAUUGCCAUCGUUGAGAGACGCAACAACCUGCUACAGGCUGAGCUGGAUGAGCUGAGGUCUCUGGUGGAGCAGACUGAAAGAGGCCGCAAACUGGCCGAACAAGAGCUGCUGGACAUCAGUGAAAGAGUCCAGCUGCUGCACUCACAGAAUACCAGCCUUCUGAACCAGAAGAAGAAGCUGGAGACGGAUGUAGCUCAACUCCAGAAUGAAGUGGAGGAGGCCGUGCAAGAGUGCCGAAACGCCGAGGAGAAGGCAAAGAAGGCCAUCACCGACGCCGCCAUGAUGGCGGAGGAGCUGAAGAAGGAGCAGGACACCAGCUCUCACCUGGAGCGCAUGAAGAAGAAUAUGGAGCAAACCAUCAAGGACCUGCAGCACCGCUUGGAUGAAGCCGAGCAAAUCGCCAUGAAAGGUGGCAAAAAGCAGAUCCAGAAGCUGGAGGCCAGGGUGAGGGAGCUGGAAAAUGAGGUGGACAUGGAGCAGAAGAAAAGCAGCGACUCCGUGAAGGGAAUUCGCAAGUAUGAGAGGCGUAUCAAAGAGUUAACCUACCAGGUGGAAGAGGAUAAGAAGAACCUGAGCCGCCUGCAGGACCUAGUGGAUAAACUCCAGAUGAAAGUGAAAUCCUACAAGAGGACUGCAGAGGAGGCUGAGGAGCAAGCCAAUGCAAAUCUAGCUAAGCUGCGGAAACUGCAGCAUGAGCUGGAGGAAGCAGAGGAGAGGGCAGACAUCGCAGAAUCGCAGGUCAACAAGCUGAGAGCAAAGAGCAGAGAUGUUGGAGCCAAGAAAUCCCACGAGGAAGAGUGAGGCCAUGUACCAGGCUGUCAUAAAUACAACUGUAGAGUAGUCCCUGUUCUUUGUUCUCCGUGCAACACGAGUGGAAUAAAGAACACAGAGUUGCAAAUGCA